UCUUCUUCAGCAGCCAUAGAGAUACACGUCAAAUUACUCGAGAGUAUCUAUCAGCCCCGUAACCUGCUACAUUCAUCGAUAAACAAGGUCCAUCUCCUACCUGACACGAGAACGGUAGCACCGUUGUCAAGCCUUCACAUCAUAACAUCACUUGCAUUAAGAGCGAUACGCAAGCAUGAUUCAAACAGCAAUCCUCCUUCUCGCGCUUCUUAACAACGCAACCGCCCAUCCUCUCAUUAAGCGCGACGAAUACGCAAUCCCAGAGACCGUCAUCAUCCUCCUCAUCAUGCUAGGCGCCGGUAUAUGUGUUUGCGUCGGCUAUGCCAUAAACGCGACCUUUGGUUUCAGGGAGGACGGCAACGGCAUGAAGCCGAUGACGCCAGAACAACAGGAAUACAUGGCUCAGGUUCGGGUUACGAACAUGAAUGGAUUGAUGGCGGAGGGUGCGAGAAGCCAUCGGGGUGGACUGAGGAGAGGGGAAGUGGUGUAUGAUUAGAGGAAAGGAGGAGACAGGAAUUUGGAGAUUUAGGACAUCUACUGCAAGUAAAGGGUAUAUUCGAGGAAGAUGGCAUACAGAAGUGCAUUGGGGCCGACACAUCAAAGCGAAUGAUGGAUAAACCCCUUCAUUCUUUGAACAUCUCCUGUAUGUUACUGUAUUCAGUUGGAUGGAAAUGUGUAAUCAUCAAUCCAGGCGCAUGAAGCUGGUGUCGCAAGGUUACAGUGUAUACGACCAUGUUUUAUGGAUCU